GGGAAAACUGGCUGUUCGAUUCUCAGACGAGAUCUUGUCGAUACAGAAAGGUGCGUGCCGAAUAUGUCGAAGAAGGGAGGUGAAAUGCUUCGUAUUCCGGCCGCUGAGCGCCACGAAGAACGGCUAUCUGGAUCUGUCAGAUUUUGAAAAGAUGCAUCGUAUCCUGCGGACAAUAGCGUCGCAUACAACGCAUUUCAGGAAGAGGGCUGAGGUAGAUUGGGCAAUUGGGAAUUUUACGAGUGAUAGGCCAUACAUGUGUUGUCUAGCUGUACCUGUCUGCUCGCUUGAGGAUCACUGCUUUCGAGAGGCUAUGAUGAGUUCGCAGAACUACAUCAUGGGUGUUAUGGAGGGAUCGAUCAAACCGCGUUCGAUGAAGGAGGAUAUCAAACGUGCUAAGCGCAAGAUGACCAAUACGUCCGUGGGAAGAUCCUUCAGCAGCACCCCAGGAGCCAUGAGCCCUACUGGCUGGAUGAGCCCCGGCUGGAUGAGUCCCAUUAGCCCCGGAUCAUCAUUUGGCGCAUACACCACACCACCAUCCUCCUUUGAACAACCAAACGACCCAACCAAACAAGACAAACUCUGCACAAUCGGCACAACAGUCUUCAUCGGCAGACCCUCCCUUCAAGCCCGCGCCCCACAACCCGGCCAGCUAACCUGCCUCGUCCUUUCCUCAACCUGGCCCGAAACCCUUCUCCCUGCACAAUCCAAAAACGAAGCCGACGAAGCCUUCGACUACUGCCGCAUAGCAGGCUACCAUGAGCGCCACAUUCUCGAAACAGCAGACUACCGCUGCGCGAUCUGCUCCGACGCCGUGCCCGCUCGAAGCCUAGUCCACAGGCCUAUCGCGUACGUUCGAACGGGUAGGAAGGAGGUACAGGAUAAACGGCUGCGGUAUGCGCUGAUGAGGUUUGCGCCGUAUGUCGAAGGGCGGUGGAAUUGUCCGGAUGCAAUUGAUUUCUUUGGGGAAUAUAGUGAUGCACAGGUUUUUGAUUUUGCGGUGCCGAUUUGUCGGAGUAAAAGCAUCUGCGAGGAGGUUGCGAGGACUGCGGCGAGGGAGUUUGUGAAGUUGUUUAUACCAGGGGAUAUGAAGUUUAUGUUUCCUGGUUUGAGCCCUGACACAGACUUGGCCUUGAUAGAAUUCGAUGAUGGUCUCGUCUACGAGGAUAACCCUGAACUCUUGGUGAAGAAGAUUGGUCCGUACGCCCUUUUAUCCGAGAAAGGAGACCGUGGCGAAGACCCCAUGGACUGCGCGUUGACUAUCACCAAACUCCGCCGCUGGUACGAACUAUGUUACAAAGAAGAAGUCACCAAGCGGGCGUAUCUCAAACAAAUCGGAUACAAGCGGACCGGCGACGUCAGUGAAUCGGAUAGUGACAGCGACGACGAAAGCGUGAUUGACGAUUCCGUGAUCUGGGUUUACGAGCGUGAAAGCCGUGGCGAUGGUGAUACGGAGUCUAGUACUAGGAGCUCGAAAACCGCCAGGCUGGAGGACCAAUUAAGACGGGAGACAAUCAUCCAAAGACUGGAUAAUCAGACGCUUUUUUCUCCGGUGCUCAACCUUGACUUCUGGUUGUUAUGCGAGGCUGCCGGUAACUCGGGUAUUUAUGGGGGGGUUGAUGGGAAUUCAGAGCACAGCGAUUCUACCGCGCGGACUGAGAGAUAUGAAGAUUGAUCCGGAAAUGGAAUGCGCUAUUACUGUGUGGAUAUGAACUCAUGACUAUUAGUCCAGGCCAAUAUGGCAAUCCACGGCCCAUAUCACGCAAAUUUAUAAUGCAUAGUCAC